GAACAUGGUAUUCCAACUGAUUUGGGCUAUGCAGUGGCUCCACACCAUUCUGGAGUCUAUCCAGUACAUGUUCAACUUUAUGAUGCCUGGAAAAAGGUCUGGAAUAUCAGAGUUACCAGCACAGAAGAAUACCCACAUCUGAAGCCUGCAAGGUAUAGACGAGGCUUCAUCCACAAAAAUAUCAUGGUGCUUCCAAGGCAAACUUGUGGCUUAUUCACCCACACAAUUUUCUAUAAAGAGUAUCCUGGAGGCCCAAAGGAACUAGACAAAAGUAUUCAAGGAGGAGAGUUGUUCUUCACAGUGGUUCUCAAUCCAAUUAGCAUCUUCAUGACACAUUUGUCUAAUUAUGGAAACGACCGCCUGGGGUUAUACACCUUUGUGAAUCUGGCCAACUUUGUUCAUACCUGGACAAACCUGAAACUGCAAACUCUUCCUCCGGUUCAGCUGGCUCACAAGUAUUUUGAACUAUUCCCUGAGCAAAAGGACCCUCUCUGGCAGAAUCCCUGUGAUGACAAACGGCACAGAGAUAUCUGGUCUAAAGAAAAAACCUGUGAUCGAUUGCCAAAAUUCUUGGUUGUAGGACCCCAAAAAACUGGUACCACAGCCUUGUAUUUGUUCCUGAUCAUGCAUCCUUCCAUCAGUAGUAACUCCCCCAGCCCAAAAACCUUUGAGGAGGUACAGUUCUUUAAUAGAAAUAACUACCACAGGGGGAUUGAUUGGUACAUGGAUUUCUUCCCCACUCCUUCUAAUGUCACCACUGACUUCCUCUUUGAGAAAAGUGCCAACUACUUCCAUUCUGAGGAAGCUCCUAAGCGAGCUGCUUCCCUCAUCCCCAAGGCCAAGAUCAUCACCAUCCUCAUUGACCCAUCUGAUCGGGCGUAUUCCUGGUACCAGCAUCAGCGAUCACAUGAAGAUCCUGCAGCUCUAAAAUUCAGCUUCUAUCAGGUGAUCACAGCUGGACCUCGGGCACCAUCUGAGCUUAGAGCUCUCCAAAAGAGAUGCCUAGCACCUGGAUGGUAUGCUACCCAUAUUGAAAGAUGGCUAACUUACUUCCCACCUUAUCAGUUGCUAAUUAUUGAUGGACAGCAGCUGAGAACUGACCCGUCUACCGUAAUGGAUGAAGUACAGAAAUUUCUGGGAGUCUCUCCUCAUUAUAAUUACUCUGAAGCCCUAACGUUCGAUUCACAUAAAGGUUUCUGGUGUCAGCUCCUGGAAGAAGGGAAAACAAAGUGUCUUGGAAAGAGCAAAGGUAGAAAAUACCCUCCUAUGGAUUCUGAGUGCAGGGCUUUUCUGUCAAGCUACUACAGAGAUCACAAUGUGGAACUCUCAAAACUCCUACACAAAUUGGGACAACCCCUGCCAUCGUGGCUGAGACAGGAGCUACAGAAAGUAAGAUAG